AUGAUUGAAGAAACUACAGCAGGUUAUGAUGUAUUAUCACAUUUUAUUUAUCGUAUUGCUGCAUUUCUUGUUAUGUUAUCAUCUGAUACAGUUCAUUCAAAACAAGUUAUUAAAGCACAAGAUUUAAUAAAACAUUAUGAUUCAUUAUUAGCAAGUGGACAUGAACCUGAAACAUAUGGUAGAAUGAAGAAAAAACGUUUUCGAGAAAAAGAAAUUAUCGUUAAAGUUCGUUAUUUAGCUUUAGCAGCAUUAGAACUAGUUGUAUAUGAUUUUUUUCUUGUUCAAGUUAUGCGAAUAAUUAAAAUUCCUAAAAAAGCUCUUCGAAUUUUACAUGACGUAAUAUUACGAAUUUUAACUAAUACUCGGCAAUUACGUAGUCAAAUCGAUAUGAUAUUAGUUUCUCUUGCAUCCGAUGAUCUUUAUUUACUCAUGCUAAUUGAACAAUUUCUUCCAUUACUAUAUAUAUCUGUAAUACAUUUAGCUGAAUUAAUUGUUUAUGAUCGUAUUGAAAUGAUGUUAACACUUGACCAACAAACAUUAAAUAAACAAUUAUUACCUAAAUAUCUACCAUUAACUGUAUAA